AUGUCGACCCGGCAUGCGCGUCUUCACAAACGAGGAUACUCCGCCUCAGCUGCUACGAGCCCGCGCCCUCUGAGCCCCGUUGCUGACUACGACGCCUUUACCUUUAAUCGUUCGGAAACACCCAAGGUCUUCGAGCAGUCUUGGAUAGAGACACAACGCCCCAUGCCUUCCACGACUUCCUCCCACCAGCUCAAGAUCAAGCCCUACCUGCGCAAGCUCUCGUCCAAGGAGAGCAGCGGGCUCGAUCUAUCACGACCUGCGGCCGAGAACGACCUCUCCGGUCUGGGCAUUUCAGAAUAUGGCGCCUACUCACGGUCCAUAUCCGACGUUACUUUUUCCCCAGUCAACGGCCGCCACAGACACAACCGCUCAACGUCCAACACGUCCCAGUUUUCCUCUUCCUCUGGGCUGCAGCGGCCGACACCCCUGCCGGCCAUUCGCCAGACUCCGCAGCCCUACACACCGCCAAUAGCCCACUCGUCACCGCCAUCAGUCCUGGGAAGCGACCACGAAGGUGAUGAUAUCAUGUCCGACGAUGAGUUCCGCCUGAGACAAAACGCAUACGAACCAGGACGCAGAUCCGGUUCCAUCUCCUCGGCACAGGGAACAUCCCUACGCAUCCACACCAACAAUUCAUCCACCCGCCUUGCUGGCAGCUACUCCCAGUCAUCCGUCUCGCUCACUUCCCCAGUCGGAGUACCUCGCGCGCGGGGUGAUACGCUCAAAUCCAUUGACACGACUUCACCCAGCUCGCGCACCUCGUUUGACCAGACAUACCGCUUCAUCCGCGGCGGACGCGACUCCCCCGUUGACCCUGCCUCAAGAGCUGCGUCCAUCCGUGCUGCGCGACAGAAGUUCGAGGAGGAACAGCGAGCCAAAGAGCGCAAGUACGAGAAAGAGGCGCACAAGCAACAGGAGCGCGACUUCAAGAAACAACAGAAGAAAGAAGAUCACCACCGUCGCAAGUCAGAAACGCUCGAUCGGACUGAGGUAAACCGUACGCGCACUGUAUCUACUGAUUAUGAGAAGACGCCACGGCCCUCGGUGGGAGGCCGCCCUUCAGUGGGUGGGCGCCAGUACUCAGACCAUCGCGAGGCGCACUCCAACUCGCUGCCGAAGCUUGUGACUACGGUCGACCCCGAGAAAGCAGCUGCCUUCUCUGCCACACCCAAGGUCACAAAGAGCCGAGCCGCAAAGGGCACAUGGCAACGAUUCGUCAUCUGGCUCAAGACUCGACUGCUGCGCAUGUCGGGGAAGUAG